AUUCCUCCACACACUUCCUCUUUUCUCCCUAUAAAUACCUCCUUCUAUUGCACAACUUAACCAACAAAAAAUCAUCGACUUGCAAAUUAAAAAGAAGAAGAUAUCCUGUAAUUGAGUGUUUUAAUUUUCUAACUAAUAAUAAUAAUGGCUUGCACAACUUUUACAUCUUCAUCAGCUUCUCCAUUAGCGUCAAAUGUCACUUUUUCUAGGACUAACAACAAGGUAGCUGCACCUUGCUCUGUUUUCUUUCCGUCCAUGCGAAGGCCAGCAGCGACUAGGCUGUUCGUAGCUCAGGCCACCGGAGAUAACAAAGAUACAUCAGUGGACGUACACCACAGCAGCGGUCAAGGAGGAAACAAUCAAUCUACUGCCGUUGAACACCGCCGUCCUAUGAGGAUGGCUCUUGAUAUUUCCCCUUUUGGACUGUUAGAUCCAAUGUCACCCAUGAGAACAAUGCGGCAGAUGAUAGACACUAUGGACAGACUAUUCGAGGAUACCAUGACAUUUACAGGAAGGAAGAGGGCAUCAGGAGCAGCAGGGGAAAUACGCAUUCCUUGGGACAUUCAUGAUGACGAAAAUGAAAUCAAGAUGCGUUUCGAUAUGCCGGGGCUCUCCAAGGAAGAUGUGAAAGUAUCUAUAGAAAAUGACAUGCUAGUCAUUAAAGGUGAACACAAAAAGGAAGAAGGCGGAAAUGAUGAACACUCGUGGGCUAGGAAUUAUACCUCUUAUGACACUCGUUUAAGUCUCCCGGAUAACGUUGAGAAAGAUAAAAUUAAAGCGGAAUUGAAGAAUGGAGUUCUUUUCAUCUCGAUUCCUAAGACCAAAGUUGAGAAGAAGGUGGUCGACGUGCAAAUCAACUAAAUUAACAACUCCUAAGCUUUUCUUUUUCUUGGCUCUUUUGUAACCUUGUGUGAAAUGUAAGUCUGCAUAUAAGUAUAAAAUAUGAGAAUGGUAUGAGCUUAGCUAUUA